UUUUGUUCGCAAUGUGUUACUGUUAAAUAAAAUAAUUCUACAUAUGCUUUCAAGUACAGGGUAACUUUGAAUCGAGCACACUCCAUUUGACUGGUGCUUAGCGUUAAUGAUAGUUGAAUUAGUGCUAUUUACAUUUUGAUGUUAGUGGAUAAAGGGUAACAAAAGCUCAAGCUUAGUCCAAAACGAAAAAGCACAGCGUAUCCAAGAUAAGAAAGAGCUUUUUUCGGAGUCAUUAACAGACUGCUGUUAAGGGUUAGCAGUGGCAAAGAAGGCAAAUCAACAGGAAAGGAAGAAGCAACAGUCGAGUUGCUGUUUCGGCUGCUGUUGCCGUUGCCGUUGCCAACGUCGUCGUCGUCGUCGUCUUUGUCGUGUCGGUGACUAGUCGAUGGUGUUGUUGCCGUCGUCGUUGUCGUUAUUCCUGUGCUGUGCUCGAGACCUUAUAAAUAGCGUGUCCUGUUGCCCAAAGACUUCAGUUCCUGUCAAGCCUUUGUCGGUUACGUUUGCCAAGCCGAAGCCACCUGAGAAGCUAAGACAAAGCCAAUAACAACAGACCGCCAAAAAAAAAAGAAAUUUUUGUCAAAAGUCCAAAACCAAAAAAAGAAAUAUUACAAAAAAAAAAAAACACAAACAACAACAAAAAAACGGAACACAAAAUUCCACAUCAAAAUUAUCGAGUCACAGAACAAUUUGUGAAUUAAUUGAAAAAUUGAAUAUCGAAAAACAUCGAACAACCAAAAAACCAAAUAUAAUACAGUAUUGAGAACUUGAGUCAAGCUAGCUGAUAAAGCGAACGACAACUUUUGCUCUCACUGUCUGUUAUCAGAUUAUAAAUUCGAACUCAACUCACAACAAACAAAACACACACAUCUAAUCAACAAAUAACAACAAUAGUGAAAGUCAAUUCGAAAAAAACGAAAAAAAAAAAGAAAAGCGACAGCAAAAAAAAAUCAAGCAGCAACCGAAGCGGAAUCAGAGCCAGAGAUAGAAGAAAUGUCGGAGCACCAGGAUAUUACGCCGCCGGUCACCGAGGAGCAGGAGGGGCCAAGCAGCAGCAAUAGCAGCAGCAGCGCUCCAAUUGCCAACGCUGCCACUGCGGCGGCUUCUCGUCAAGGCUCCGAUGCGGCCAACGAUCAGGAGCGCGACAGGGAUAGAGAGUCGCAUGCCGACAGAUCGACGCACAAGGAUGAUUUCGGCACACAGCGGGUGUACAAGAAGACCUCACCGAAUUGUGUGCUCACCUUGUAUUUACCGACACGUGAGAUAACCCUGACCGGCAACAAUCCAUCGGUGCUACGUGGCAUUGUCUUUGUCGACCCGAAGGCCAUCCAAGGAUAUCGUGUCUAUGCUCAGCUGACGCUAACAUUUCGCUAUGGCCGCGAGGACGAAGAGGUGAUGGGCCUGCGAUUCUGCAAUGAGGCCAUCAUGUCGCUGCAUCAGAUCUGGCCACGCUUGGAGGAGCCGUCGCGUGAAUCUCUCAGUCCACUGCAGGAGGCAUUGCUGAAGCGCCUAGGCGAUGGCGCCCAUCCGUUCACCCUUUCGCUGACCGCCCAAGCGCCACCAAGUGUCCAACUGGUGCCGGCCAAACGUUACUAUGGAGCUCCCAUUGGCACCAGCUAUGAUGUCCGUUGCUUCAUUGCCGACAAAACCGAUGAGAAGUUCCAUCGUCGCGCCUCGGUUAAGAUGGGUGUACGGGUUAUCUAUCGCACCGACGUCUUUCAUCAUCAGGCCCCGGAGCAAUAUGCCGCCUAUGCCGGACAACACAGCGCCGGGGCAGCGCAAUCGCCUCCGGCCAGUGCCACGCCCCCAUCAAGCAGCGAUGCUCACGCCCACGAUGCGGCACCCAGCAGCGCUGGCAGCGGAAGCGCUGGCGGUGGCUGUGGCAAGUCCAAAUCCAAAUCGGAACGCGGCGAUUCGUUCCCCAAGCUGCGAUUGUCACCAAAGUCGUUUAGGUUCAGCGGUCGCUUUGGCCGCAGCAAGAGCGAGAUCGAAAAGUGUCCCAAUGAUCCUUUUCAUUGCUACAGCAAGUCCUUUCAGGAGCACUGCGACAACACUGGCAGCGGCAUGCUGCCACCGCAUAGUAAUGCCGGAGUCACAGGUGGCAUUGGGGGCAUCAGCGUUGGCCCUUGCGGCGGACCACAGGGAUCGGUGGAUAAACCGUUUCUGCUGCACGACGGUCGUGUGGGCUUAAAGGCCAGCCUCGACAAGGGUUGGUACACACACGGCGAGGAUGUUAACGUAACCAUCAACAUACGCAACGACAGUCGCAAGACGGUGCGCAAAGUGCGGAUUUGCGCCAUUCAGCACGUGGAUGUUUGCAUGUUCAACAAUGGCAAAUUCAAGAAUGUCGUCGCCGAUUCCGACACCAUUUCACCCCCGGUGGAUCGCACCGUGCCACCCGGCGGCACCUUAAACACCACCGUCUCGCUGCGUCCGCAACGUGGCCCCACCAAGAACUGGAUUGCACUCGAGGAUACACUGCAACGCAGCACUGAACCAGAUGAAAUCACCGGCGCCAUUGCCGCAUCGGCCAUACGCUCGCCGAACUUUGUCAUGCAGGCUGCCCAACUGCUUGCCGGUCAUCCGCUGGCCAGUCCAGCCAUGGCCUUGCCCCAGAUGCCACAAUCGGCUGGAAGUGUUGGCGGCUCUGGCAAUGCUGCAAGUGGAGCCGCCGCUGCUGCUGCUGCUGCUGCAUCGACUGCUGGCAAUGUUGGUGCGGGAUUUGUGGAUGAUCGCAAUGUUUUUGCCAUCUACGUCUCAUACUAUGUGAAGGUUAAGCUCACGCUUAGCGGCAUGGGUGGCGAACUGUCGCUGAAGCUGCCCUUUGUGCUCGUCCACGUGGAUGAGACGCAGCGUCCCGGCUACAGUGGCACCACAGCGAACGCCUCGCACACACUCAGCGAACUGCGCAUGGAGAAGCUGGCGUUGCACGAUGUGCCCGCUGGUCGCAAGAAUGGCAAACGUUGUGUCAACGCCUCCACAUCGACAUCGUUUGCCGGCGGCGAUGGACCCUCGACAAGUGCUGCAGCUGCAGCAGCAGCGGCCGCUGCAGCCGCCUCAUCCGGCGGCAUUGAUGAGAUCGAAAUGGAUUACAUUGAGUCUGUGGAGGAUGAGUUCAACAUUUGUGUCCCAGUGCCCAGUGGUGGUGCUUCGAAUAACAAGCGGCGUCUGCAACGCAGCGAGACAUUGGCCCACGACUAUGAGGAUAACGAGGAGCAGGAGAAUCAGUUGCAGGUGCAGGUGCAUCUCGAGCAGCAGGUGGAGGAGGAUCGAUUGCAGCGCCAGAAGAAGGCAGCCGAGACAGGUGCGGUGCCCAAGACGACCAAUGUUUGAUUCUGAUGGUCGCAGAUGUUUGCCAAGCGCAAGAAGCCAUAAGAAAUGCGAAUGGAUUUGGCCUGGCAGCACUACAACAACAAAUACAACAACUAGAGAGAAAGUAUUAACGUAAGCCAAUAACCAACACACACACACUAAAAAAAGAGGAAAAAACUAAAGUCUAGCAUAGAGAUAUUGUACAUUCAUUGCGCAUACGAGAUGAGUAUUCAGUUUCGGUUUCAAGGAGGCGACCUCCGACACAGUUCCAUUAGCUCUCCCUGCUCCCGCCCCCCAUUUAACAACCCCCCAACAUCAUGUCCUGUUCCGCGAAAGGAACAAAAGCAUAUGGCGCAUUAUAUAAUUAGCAGAAAGUUGAAUUUAAGCAACCUGACGACACAAACUAAGGGAGGGAAAGGGAAAGAGCAGGUCGAGAAAAAGGAUAAAGCAUAUAGCAUAACUACUUGUCAACUUGUCGAUCGAAAAAAAGUCAAGUCAGUGGCACACCAAAGUGUUUUAGUUAUUGAUAGAAGUUUAGCAACAACAAAAAAAAAAAGAAAACACAAAAAAAAGGAUUUGGCGCUAAACGACUCUAAUUGGCUCAUGUCAAUAAUAGAAUGCAUUGCAAUUGUAAUUGCAAUUGCAUUUCAAAUUGAAAUUGGAAAUUGAAAAUGGAAAAUGGUAAAUUGAAAAAAAUGGACAAUUGGGAAUUUGAAAAUCGAACGUUGACAUUUGCGUGAACAGCGUUUGCAUUUGGAAUUGGAAUGUCAAUCAAAGAAAUAGUAAAUAGAUAUUAAUCCGAAACAAACGAAAAAAGUGAAGAAUACAAACUAUACAAUGAUAUUAAUCAACUAUAUACUACCAUAUAUACGAAAUAACUUAUUCGAUAUUUGGAUCGAUAAUGGCAAAGCAGCGUAAAUGAAAAACAAAAGUAUUUUAAAUAUAUCUACACAUACAGCAUACCACAAACCAAUUAUAUAUCGAUGUAUACCCACAAAUAGUUCAAUGAAAUUGACGUUAAUAUUGAUGUGCAAAUACUAUACAAUAUACAAUAUACAAUAUACAAGAAAAAUUGAAAAAUCAUAUGCAAUAUACAUAUACAUACACUAUAUAAAUGUAAUUCGAUGUAGCGAAACAAUAUUCAGUAUACACACAACUUUUAAAUGGAUCGAUAUCGAUAAGCCAUAGUAUAACAAACAUAUUCAAUUAUCAAGAUAUCACAUAUGCUAUUCGAUUAUUAUUGCGCAUACUUUCUUAUAGACCAGAUAUCGAAAUAAUGCAAACAAUAUUAAUAAUCGAGUUUUUAACAAAGAACAACAACAAAAAAUGCCCUUGCAGAUCGUCCUUAAGAACAACACCAAAAAGAACAAACAACAAACCUGAACAUACAAUAUAUACGAUAAUAGCCAGUGACUGAAAAGUCUUAUGAACAAUACAUCCUUGAGUCCAAUUAUUUCUCAAAAUGUGUCCCCGCUAUAGGAUACACAUAUAGAAAGUACUAUAGUUUGUGUGUGUAGGGUUUUCUUCUUCCGAUAUUUAAUUGAUGUUCUCAACGCCAACGUUUCUGCUGAUCAGCUGAGUUCACAUAGACACAGUUUUUCGUAUGAUACAGUUAACUGGUUUUUGAUAGGUGGUAAACAAAUACUAAUUUAAGAUGAUGCUAGAUUCAACAUUGUAUUCUUAAGAUAGCCAUACAGCAUCUGGUUAAAGUUAAGCAAAUGAAUUACUAUGGUAAAUUAAUGCACCAACACUCUCUGCUGUACAUUUAUCUUUAAUGAUGUACGAGAGUAUUCGUAUUAUACUCUUAUAUAGAGUAUAUUUGCCAGCAAGCAGAACAUCUGCAAGGGUAUCGAGAUAGACGAAUACGAUUUUUAACUUUGAUAGGCUUUGCACAUGAAGUUAAGUAUUUAGGAAUUCAAGAAUUUUUGCGGUUUCACCUGAAAAUGUAUUUACAAAAAGAAAAAUGAAAAUUGCCUCUGACGAUAACAUAUCUGUGAGUUUUCCUAUACAAUUUUCCACGCGUUUUUUUUUUCAAUUUGAUUUUUGCAAUUCGAUAAAGAAAUGUGGAAAUAAUGAUUGGAAAGUUGAGCACCCGUGUGGUUUCUAGUUCACAAACUAAUUAAACAGUAUUUGCAAACGCUAAAAUUGCAAAUAUUAUUAAUGAAUCAGCGUUAAGUUACAUACAGAUUGCCUGAAUUAAAUCAUGCUCUGCAAUUACCGGCAGUCACCACAUCGAGGCCGACACAAAAGUAAUCAAAAAAAAAAAAAGAAAACAAAAAUACAAAUACAAAUAAUUUGAUGUUCUCUUUGAUAUAUAAAACGAAUAGAAAUGCGAGAACACUUUCGAUUGCGAAUAUUUCUAAUCGUACGUAAGGUUGAAAGUAUUUAUUGAGUUAUGCAUUUGUAAAUGCAUUUGAAUGUGUGCAUGAGACUGAAUGUGAAUACUUGCAUCAUAAAAUCGAAUGAAUGUGUUUGAAUGUUAGCAAUGCUUGUGGGCGCAUGUGUUUAUGAAUGUGACAGUAUGAAUGACAAUAUUGAAAAACAAACCGAAAAAUCGUACAUGAAUAAGAUAAUAAUACCAAAGAAAAAAAAUGACUAUGAAUGUGAAAAAUGCAAACGAAUGUGAAUAAUAAUAUGACUAUAUAAGAAAUAAGAUGGCUUUGAGUAUUGGCAUAACUUUAAAUAUGAAUAUAUAUAUUGUAAUGCAUAUGCAGCAUAUUACGAAUAUGAAUACGACUUUGAAUUGAAUACAAUUAUGAACUAUGUAUGACCAUGACUAUGACGACACAAAUGAAUAUGAAUAUAGUGACUA